GUUCUGUGCAACUUUUGAACAAGUCUAACCUAUUAUACCAGAGAUAAUAAUAAAUAAUAUAGAUAUAAAAUGAUGAAAACUAAACAUUUAAAGAACUAUUUAUCAAAAAUAUUUCAGCCCAUUACGGCUGUACAAAAAGAGGCAAAUUUAUCUAAACAAGAAAUAACAUCAAAAAGCCAAAGAUUAAUGUUAGAACUGGGUAUAAUUCAACAAGCUAAUCCAGGUUGUUUCCACCUGUUACCACUGGGACUUAGAUCACUCGACAAAUUAAUAAAGCUAAUAGACCAGGAGCUGCAGAACAUUGGUGGGCAAAAAUUAAUUCUUCCAACACUAGUGAAUAAAUCUUUAUGGAAAACUACAGGUAGACUAAAUGAAAAUCAAUCAGAGUUAUUUCAAUUAAAUGACCGGCAUCACCAUGAGUAUUUGUUAUGUCCUACUCAGGAAGAAACAAUAACAUCUUUACUGGCUAUGAAUGCACCAAUAACUUACAAGCAGUUUCCAUUACUUUUGUAUCAAAUCACAAGUAAGUUUAGGGAUGAAAUCAAACCAAGAUUUGGACUGAUGAGGGGCAGGGAAUUUAUAAUGAAGGAUAUGUAUAGUUUUGAUAUUAAUGAGGACUGUGCAAAAACCACAUAUGAAAUAGUCAAUGAAAGUUAUGAAAAAAUCCUUAAAAAAAUUGGUUUAAAUUAUGUAAAAGUGUUGGGUUCAUCAGGAAGCAUUGGGGGCAGUUUAUCACAUGAAUAUCACCUUAAAUCUGACAUAGGAGAGGACAAAUUAUUAAGUUGCUCCAAAUGUGAUUAUUCCGCCAACAUUGACUUAUCUGGGAAAGAUUCAUGCCAAAAUUGCAAUAGUACUGAUGUUGCAUUAACAUCAGGGAUAGAAAUAGCACAUACAUUUCUUCUUGGUGAUAAAUAUUCAAAGCCACUGAAAGCUAAAUAUUUGAAUAAAAAUGGAAAACCUGAACUGCUACAAAUGGGGUGUUAUGGAAUAGGUGUUAGCAGAUUGUUGUCAGCUUCAAUUGAAGUUCUCUCAACAGAGAGUGAAAUGAGAUGGCCUGAUAUUAUAGCACCAUUCAAUGUUGUCAUUAUACCUCCCAAAAGUGGCAGUAACGAAGAGACAUUAACAAAAGAUUUGGCGGAAAAACUAUAUGACAGUAUUGAAGAGAUCCCAAAUUUCGAAAAUAAUGUUUUAAUAGAUGACAGGACUUCUUAUACAAUAGGAAGAAGGUUUUUGGAUGGAAAACGAGUGGGAUAUAGAUAUGUAAUAGUCAUUGGAAAAAAGUCAACUGAAGCAACACCAUUAUUUGAACUUAAUGAUUUAAAACAAGAAAAACAAAUGUAUUUAAGUACAAAUGAAUUGUUAACUUAUCUUAAAGAGAAUACAAUAUUGUAAAGAAA